GAGUGCUGGAUUUCACCUGCUGUUCUGAAACAUGUGAACUAGGCUAUUUCUACAAGAAACUAGACUAAUUGUGUGUUGGUUUUUUUUGAGUGUCUUCAUAGGAGGAAAAAUCUGUUAAAGGUGAAUUGUCAUCCGGACUUAAUUCAGGUCCUGGGAGUCCACUCACUACAUGCAUUGUAUCCUUGAAAGCAACUAGAACCACAACACUUACCUUAAGGUGGCACUAUUAGAACCAAAUGCACUGUAACUGGUACAAAACGAAAUAUUUUUACACGUACAUAAUGUUUAGUGUAAUUACAGAAUACUGAUGCUUUGGAAUGCUAUUAAUGUCGAGGUAGUACAGAUUUUAAACGGUUUAUACAGUCAUUAAAACACAAUGACAGAUCCAAACUAUGUUUAUCGUUUGCUGGGUCCUAAUGAAAAAUCCACAGAAGCUCUACAUGCACGAUGUCCAAAUGGAAACUUAACUGUUUAUGGACAUGUAAGAAAAACCUGUGAGAAGACACAAUAUAUUUCGACAUCAGCAGAUCUUCUGGCGUGUAAAGUAUUUUUGGGGAAAGCAAAAAAACGCAAUAAGUCAGUCGGCUCUGAAAAAUAUAUAAUUGUUAAAAUCGACAUUGCGAAGUUGUGCCAGCAUAGACCCAAUGUAAAAAUAACGGAUCUUACAGAUACGACUAUAUUAAACAAAGAAAUUCCGAUAAGUGAAACUAGUCCUAAUAGUGGAUAUACGUUUAAUAUUAGAAAAUGGGUUAAAGAAACAAAAGAAAAAUUGAUAAGUGGUUGCGAAAUACCAGUAGAAUGUAUGAAAGUUGUUUAUUCCGAACCACGUAUACUCUAUUAUCCACUGCUUCCAAAUUUCUGUAAAAAUGAUCUGGUCAAAUUUGAAGGUUAUGGCCAUUUGACUCCUGAGGCGUUAAAGCAGUCCAAAAAUAUCGACUUGUGUCAAAUGGUCGCUGUUAGAAUUGGUGAAGUCAUUGAUGUUGAAAGAUACCAAAUGAUUGACUUAACUGAGCCGGACAUCUAUAAUGAUAACAUCAAUCCAUGGAAUACUAUCGAAGUACACAACCAAGUUGUUCUAAAUGGACACAUUAAAGGAACAUACAUCAAGGAGUACCAAGAAUGGCAUAUUAAGACGGAAAAUGCCGAUACUGAGGACCUGUCUAAACAAUUAGGAGCAAUGGCACUAAGGCCAUCAAUUGAGACAAAUUCCGCUAGUGAAUCAAAUGAUGUUGAAUCAAGUGAUGUUGACUCAAGUAUUGUUGAAUCAAGUGACAGUAAAAUUGGCUUUAUGCCAAGUGCUAACAUGGCGACUGUACAGGAAUCACCGUUCCGUUUUGGCGACCGUGUACAUAUAACAGUGUUGACGUCUGAUAAACGCUCUGUGCAUGCCGUGUGGAGGCCUGGUUACCAAGAAUGGAUUCCUGUUGGCGGAGGCCUGGUUGAGGAGUGGUGGUUGAAGUGGAAGACAUGGCAGAGUGAUGUUCAUGUCUGGUGUCUGGAGGUCGAUGAGUGGUGGUUGUAUUGUAGAGAAAACCAGAUGGUUCACGGAGGUCUGGUUGUGAAGGGUAGAGAACUGAUGAAGUUUGAAAGUCAUAUGAAUGUGGGUGGAGGUCUGGUGGAGGAUUUUCAUAUAGAACCUAGUACAGCUAGGGGGAUGCCUAUACGACGUUUGCCUUGUGAUAUAGGCUUUUUUGAGAACUGGUGGAGGAGGGUAGAAGUAUGUUGGAGUCUGUUAGAGACACCGUGUUAUAAUGUUGAUUUGGUUGCCGAGUGCUGGAAGAAGAAGGCCAGAGAGAGGAUGAUGCAUGCUAAGGUGGCGAUGAUAUAGGCCUGGAGGCAGAGAGUGAAGACCUGGUGGUGAAUUUGGAUGUCUGGUGUAGGAAGCCGGACCAUUAAAGGUGACAAAACUAUGUUCGUGCAUCUCUGCUUCUGUAGUGGUAGUUGAUACUAACAAAAAUAGGACAGACCUGUAUUUUGUUAUUAUUUUUAGGUGACCUACGAUUUGGUUAUUCAGUCUUUAAGUAAUACAACUAGUUAUCAUUUGGUGAUUUGAAUUCAAUUAUUGUUUUAUUUAUAAUAUUUAAUAAAACUAUUUGUUAAUAAUUUAGUACUCGCUAUUUGAAUGAGGUAAUACAAAUUAUCGAAUAUCGAAUCUAUGGGCAUGUAUGCCCAAUGUUACAUUAUCAUUUAAUAAGUAGAUAGCAAAGCAGCUAUAUAAUAACUUAGAAGAAGCCUUAGACUUCUCGAUUUCUCAGUUAACCAAAAGGGAGAAAAACGUCUAUAAAAUGUAAUAUCUUUCAAUGAUGAAAAGAGAUAAUGAGGGUAUGAUUUUGCGUAUGCAUCUAGGUGUGAGUUUAAACUAAGUAUAUUUGAAGACGCUUCAUACAGAAAAUAAUUAAGAUGUUUAUGAUCAUGGCGUAAUGUGUAGUGUUUUGUAGUUAUGUAAGAGUCACAAAUGUUUACAUGUUUAAGAAAUGAACAUGGUGACAUAAAAACAAUAAUGCAAACUAACUAAUUAUACUGUGGUAGUAAGGGGUCACGCUUUACAGCCGCCAGGCAGCAAGGAGUACAGACAUCAUAUAUUUUAAUGUCAAACUAAUAAUACAAAAACUCAUGAUGUCAGGCCAUGCCAUAUACCAGCAGUUGAUUCUAGAGGUAGAAAGGAAACUUCAAAUUAAAGAGGCUAAUCAACGUAAACUUGGAGUAAUGGGUCAAGACAUAAGCAUAAGCUCUUCCGAAAACAUAUUGAAGCUGUAGAAAGUGGCAGGGUGUAUGUUUACAUAAUUAUUUUGUACAUGGUGCAUGCAUACAAAAUACUUUUCGAGAUAAAACUAAGUUUACAAUUGCAAUUUUAAUUUACAUUGUUUAUCAACUCUGGAGAACCGUGCUUACUUCAGAAAAUUAGCUUUAAAUUGGAUGCCUUUUUUACGUUAUUUCCAUUAUUGUAUUUAAUAACAAGGUCGCUUUAAUGUUAUUAAUGUACUGUGCCCGGGACGGUAGUGAAUACUCCUGUUAAAAUAGUGUGCUGUAAUUGGUGCAUUGUAUUCAUAUAUUUUCUAACUCAUUUGGAAGGGGGAGGGAGUUGGCGGCGAGUGCAUGACCUUUGAACUCCACCAAUACGGACAUGACUGUUUAAUACGUUUUGUCUCUCGUUACCCGAAAAAUAUGUUUAACCGUCACAAAAAGAAGAGUUCUUAUCCUAUAUGAUCAGAUAUUAAGUUAGGCGCUUAGUGUUGAUGUUGGUGACAAGUGUGACAUUGAGAUCUCAUUAACUGCCCGGGAACUCCAGUGUUCACUGAUAUAUUCAAGGUACCAGCCAAAACAUUGAUAAGGAUGUUUUAUUAUAAAUGUAGACUGUGUUCAUUGUUUUCAGAUGUUGUGUAUUUUUUCAUUGACUUGUUAUUCCUUAGUCAUUGUGCAUUUAAACAAUGUUAUAGUUAUAUAAAUGUUGGUUAUGCGUAUAUAAACUAGUUUUUAAAUACGUGUUUCACUCGAUAUUUCUCCCAUUAUUUACAAAUAAAAUAUGUAUGCGUGUGUGGCCUGUUUGUAGUGUGUACAUUUUGUACAUUUUGUGUUUCCCGUUCAGAGUUUUUUAGGCCCUAGCCUUGUGCCUCUAAGCAUAAACAUUUAGUUUUGAUUAAUGGGCUUGUACCUGAAUUUUGUUUCGUAUUUUUGACUAUUAUGCUUGUAUUAUGUGUAGUAUUGUGUACUAUAUAAUCUGUGUAUAAUAUAAUGUGUGUAUAUAGCCAAAUGUUUUCAUGUGUAAGAUUGUGUAUAAAAUGUUUUGUUUGUCAUUUGCCAUGUGUGAAAUAAUAUUACCCUUUUAUUAACUAUUAGAAAACUUGCUUUCUUAUAUUUAAAAUAGUUGUUGCUAUAUGUAGUCUUAUCAUAGUACUAAGAUAAUUAUUAAGUGAUGGUUUAAUUAAGAGCUAUAAACUUAUUAUUCAAUAAUGGUUUCAUUUAUAGUUAUUUACAAUCUGUUCGUGUGUUAACUCUUACCUGAAGCAACAUAUGAGCGCUUUAAACGUAUCCAUGCUGAUUAAAACAAUUUAAAAUUGUUUAAAGAAAUAUAUAUAUAUAUACAUAUUAUACAUGUUCUCUCUUUGAGUAUGGCAUACUAUAAUUUGUUUAGUUAAGAGAAUAUUAUUAAAAUAAUUAUAAAGAGUAUGUUAUUUCUCUAAGGCUCUUUAUAAUUUCGUUUCCGUAUAUGGCCACAUAUGGGAAUGAUCGAUAUUUGUUAAAUUAUUUUUUAUCAUAAAUACAAUUAUUGAACGAUGGUUACAUUAUAAGUUAUUGAUAAUAUAUUAUGUGUGGAAACUCUUACCUGAAACAGAAUAACUACGUUUUAUAGGUAAUAACACGCUUGUUUAAAUCAGUUUAUAACUGAAAAAAUGUUAAAUUUGUAUGACAUUAAAUAUUUUGAAUCAAGUGAGAAUGAUUUUGAAAUAGAUUUAAGAUUUUUAAUAUCUUCCUAAGGGUCCAUAUAAUUUCGUUUUGGUAUAGGUGGUCAUAUAUAGGGACAUGUACCGAUGCUUAUUUAUAAAUAUUCAGAAAUGAAUGUAUAUAUCACUUUUAUUAAGUUAUUUAAAAAAAUGUAUAUGAAGUAUAGUAAGAACAAAAGUUAAACCUCUUUUAGUAUUAUGUUUUAUUGAUUUGAUGUUAUUCUAUUUAUUUACUGACAGUUAAUGUUGGUAAUAUUGCUUUUAUGUGUGUGUUUACCUGUCAAUACUGAAUAAAAUAGUUGUCCAAGUGGA